AUUAGGGUUUGAUUGGCAUUACCAUUAAUCAUGGAGGAGAAAGAGCUGAGAGUUUGAGAGAAAAGAAAAGGGGUUUGAAAAGAAAGUUUUUAUCUUUUUUCUUUUUAGGGGAUAAAGGUUAAAACCCCAGAAAGAGGAACAAACAAACAAACAAAGUGGCCAUUUCCAAGAGGUGUUUGAAGAUAUGAAUGAAUCCAGAAGGCAAAAUCACUGGGAUACAGUGUGACUUUCUCCUUCAGAGAGAGAGAAAAGAGGGGCUUAGUGGGGUUAUUCUGUUAGCAUUUUGGAGAGAGUGUUUGUCUAAUAUCAGAACAGGGGUCAGGGAGCCACUUGGAUUUUUUUUUUCUUUUCUUCUUCUGAAAAAAGGAACUGAGUCCAUGAAUCUGGAGGGAUAAGAUCGAAUACCCAUGUGACAACUUUUGAGAUUUGAAAUCAAGGGGUGCCACAUUCAGAAUGCAAGCUUUAGAUUUCCCGUAUUAAGUUCAAGAAUGAGCUUUUGUGGAUAUGGACGUUGGAGAAGAAAGCUCCCGGUUUGGGUCAUUGCCUGCUACAACUUCUAGAAAUUUGUCAUCAUCCUCAUCGACAUUCUUUUCGGCACUUCAGUCGCCAUUCUUUUCUCCAAGGUCAUCGACAUGUCGAAGGUCAGAAGCAUCAAAGACAGAAGUGGGGUGUGAAAGCAUGGACUUCAGAGUUGAUCCAAUAAGUUCCAGUGUGGUGGUUCCGGAUUCUGAAUCUCUGUUGAAAGCAAAAUUUGCGGUUUCGGAUCUGAUACGAAAUCCAGAAACUUGCAUUCCGGGUGAUUGUCAGAAGUUCGAUCAAGCUUCAUCCUCAACUGGAAUAUCUGGAAGUACUCCUUAUAGUUGUAGCUUUGCUCAUGGAAAUGACUAUUUGGGGCCUAGAGAAAAGUAUAAAAAGCAUAGCAGAAGUAACGUAACUUCUUACACGACAGCUCCAAUUUCAAUUUCCUCGACUAGACUAAGAAGUUAUGAUGUUUUCAUAGGUUUGCAUGGUUCCAAGCCUUCCUUGCUGCGGUUUGCUAACUGGCUUCGUGCAGAGAUGGAGGUUCAUGGGAUGAGUUGCUUUGUGUCUGAUAGAGCAAAAUGUAGAAAUUCUCGCAAGCAUAGAGUUAUUGAGAGGGCAAUGGAUGCAUCCUCGUUUGGAGUUGUGAUUCUGACAAAGAAGUCAUUCCAAAAUCCUUACACCAUCGAGGAGCUUCGGUUUUUCUCUGGCAAGAAGAACUUGGUCCCAAUAUUUUUUGAUUUGAGUCCAGGAGAUUGUCUUGCUAGAGACAUAGUGGAGAAGAGGGGAGAUUUGUGGGAAAAACAUGGGGGUGAUUUGUGGGUUCUGUAUGGAGGAUUGGAGAAGGAAUGGAAAGAAGCCAUUGAAGGGCUUUGUCGAGUCGACGAGUGGAAAUUCGAAGCUCAGAAUGGUAACUGGAGGGAUUGCAUACUGAAAGCCGUCAUGCUACUUGCAAUGAGGUUGGGAAGGCGAAGUGUUGUCGAGCACUUGACUAAGUGGAGGGAGAAGGUAGAGAAAGAAGAGUUUCCUUUUCCCCGAAACGAGAAUUUCAUAGGCAGGAAGAAAGAAUUAUCAGAGCUAGAAUUCAUACUUUUUGGCAAUAUAACUGGUGAUUCUGAAAGAGAUUACUUUGAACUGAAAGCUCGGCCAAGACGGAAAAAUUUGACCCUUGGUUGGAGUAAAAGUUCAUUAGAGGAGAAACAGAGGGAGCUACCAUUAGAAAUGCGCAACAAGAAGGGUAAAGAACCUAUUGUGUGGAAGGAGUCUGAAAAGGAGAUUGAAAUGCAGAGUAUUGAAUUUCCUCAACGGCAUCGACGACUGAAAACAAAAAGUGGUGAAAGGUAUGCCAAGAGAAAAAGAACAGCCAAAAUUUUGUAUGGGAAAGGCAUUGCUUGCAUUUCGGGGGACUCCGGGAUCGGUAAGACCGAGCUUCUCUUAGAAUUUGCGUAUCGACAUCACCAAAAGUACAAGAUGGUUUUAUGGAUUGGAGGCGAAAGCAGAUAUAUCAGGCAAAAUUAUCUGAACUUAGGUACCUUCCUAGAAGUUGAUGUAGGAUUUGGAAAUUUCUCAGGUAAAAGCAAGAUAAAAAACUUUGAGGAGCAGGAAGAGGCAGCCAUUUCAAGAAUUCGUACAGAGCUGAUGAGAAACAUUCCGUUUUUGUUGAUAAUCGAUAAUUUAGAGUGUGAAAAGGAUUGGUGGGAUCACAAACUUGUGAUGGAUCUUCUUCCUCGUUUUGGUGGAGAGACGCAUAUCAUAAUAUCCACUCGACUUCCUCGUGUGAUGAAUUUGGAGCCUUUGAAACUAUCCUACUUAUCGGGGGCUGAAGCAAUGUGUUUAAUGCAAGGAAACCUUCGAGACUACUCUAUUGCGGAAAUCGACGUUUUGAGAGUCAUUGAAGAGAAAGUUGGAAGGCUAACGCUGGGCCUUGCAAUAAUUGGUGCAAUCUUAUCUGAGCUUCCCAUAACACCCACUAGAUUGUUGGAUACAACCAAUAGAAUGCCCUUCAAAGAUCAAUCAUGGAGUGGUCGGGAAGCUCAUGUAUUUCGGCGCAAUACCUUCCUUAUGCAGCUUUUCGAAGUAUGUUUCUCCAUUUUCGACCAUGCUGACGGGCCACGGAGCUUAGCGACUAGAAUGGCUCUAGCAAGUGGUUGGUUUGGUCCAGCUGCUAUUCCCGUUUCGCAGUUAACCCUUGCAGCACACAAGAUACCAGAAAAGCGGCAGCGCACAAGGUUGUGGAGAAAGUUGUUACGUUCCAUGGCUUGUGGUUUAACUUCAUCUUACAUGAAAAAGUCGGAAGCCGAAGCAACUUCCAUGUUAUUAAGGUUCAAUAUGGCCCGAAGCAGCACCAAACAGGGAUGCCUACAUUUCAAUGAUCUUGUCAAGCUAUAUGCGCGCAAGAGAGGGGUGAAUGGAGUCGCACAAGCAAUGGUUCAAGCUGUCAUGAACCGUCCAUUCAUCCUUCAUCACUCGGAACAUAUAUGGGCAGCAUGUUUCUUGCUCUUCGGGUUUGGUCGGGACCCUGUAGUUGUCGAGCUCAAAGUGUCGGAGCUAUUAUACCUCAUAAAAGAAGUCGUUUUACCGCUUGCCAUUAGGACAUUUCUCACAUUCUCCCAGUGCACCACUGCAUUAGAACUUCUUCGGUUGUGCACAAAUGCAUUAGAAGCUGCAGAUCAAGCCUUUGUUACCCCAGUCGAGAAGUGGUUUGAUAAGUCGCUUUGCUGGAGGCCAAUUCAGACAAAUGCACAGCUGAAUCCUUAUCUUUGGCAAGAGCUGGCUCUAUGUAGAGCAACACUGUUAGAAACCCGAGCGAGACUAAUGCUAAGAGGGGGACAAUUCGACAUCGGGGACGAUCUAAUUCGAAAGGCAAUCUUCAUCAGAACUUCUAUAUCUGGUGAGGAUCAUCCAGACACAAUAUCUGCUCGUGAAACUCUAAGUAAACUCAAUAGGCUUAUUGCUAAUUUCCAUAUUCAUUCUUCUCCAUAGGUUCAAUAAUUUUCUUGUAAGGUAUAAUUUUUACUCCCUAGAUUGAUUAUAUAGCAAGAAUGUCAAAUAAACCACUGUAUACUUUCCCAGAAAAUUCUUUUAUAAAAUUCUAACCCCUACUUAUAGUAGUUUUUUUUGCCGAGCCGAAGCGAACUAACACCUUUAAAUCUUGCCUCUUUUACGUUUCGGUUUUGUGCAUUCUGUAUCGUUACGAUUCUGGCUGCUACAGGUGAACUUGUUCUGAUAUAUAUAUUUUUCACUGAUAACAUCAAGCUCGAAGAAGCAGCUUUAUUUGACAUUUGUUCCAAGUUUGUCUUUGUUUGU